CAUCCCCACUCCUGUCUCUGCAAGCCAAUGACUGCUAAGUCCUAUCCUAGGUGACAAGUUAUCUGUUGUAUAAUCUUGUCAGGUAACUGUUCUCACAUUCGUACACUCCAGAGAUGUUGAGGGCUGAACAAACAGAUUAGAUAAUUGAUUUUUAAUAUCCAUUUAAUGAUAGUCUUGUUUACAGUGAACUACUUCAGUCAAAGUGUUCAGUGCAGUAGAGACUUUUACCAACACUGACAAUUAUCAAAGUUGCUGGUAACUAUGGUGUUGGGAGAACUGGUUGUUUAUUGCCUGUUCAAUUUUAGAUGGGUGUUUGUUGUUUUGUUUCUCUUACCAUUGACUAUUAUGUACGAUAUAAUAACAAGUGUUCAACGCCUCUUAGGAUCGUUUUCGACGAAAGAAAAGUCAGAGAGUCACUUUGAAAAAACUAAAUUUGUUCAAGACCAGGUAAAACAAUGGAAGAAAAGUGGACAAAAAAUGCCCAUGUGUACAGGGCGACCUGGAUGGAAAGCGAUGACCCUACGAGAGCCACAGUACAAGAAGACUAUGUACAACAUACAUAUUGAUAUGGAUGAAAUUAUUGAAAUCAACAUCGACAAAAUGGUAGUAAAGGUUGAGCCUUUAGUUACUAUGGGACAACUGACAAGUAAAUUGAAGCCUCUAAAUUUAACCCUUCCACUUGUCGUGGAACUGGAUGACUUAACCGUAGGUGGACUGAUAAUGGGCACAGGGAUCGAGUCCUCUUCCCAUGCUGUCGGUUUGUUCCAACAUAACUGCAUAUCAUAUGAACUAGUACUAGCUGACGGAAGUUUGGUCACCUGCUCCAAGAAAGAAGACCCUGACUUAUUUUAUUCUAUUCCUUGGUCCUACGGAACUUUGGGUUUUCUCACAGCUGUGGAACUGAAAAUUGUUCCAGCAAAAAGGUAUGUGGAGCUAACAUAUGAACCAUUCUAUUCUCUGGAGGAAGGGGUGCAACUUUUUGAGGCCCACUCAAAAGAUACUGUAAACAAUCAAUUUGUGGAAGGAAUCAUGUUCAGUCAGACAGAAGGGGUCAUCAUGACAGGAAAGAUGGUGGAUACCACUACUUGUUAUGUUAAUGUGAUAAGCAGAUGGUACAAAUCGUGGUUCUACGAACAUGUGCGGAGUUUUGUAAGCAAAGGCAAGACAACAGAGGCUAUACCCUUAAGAGACUACUACCAUCGCCAUACAAAAUCCUUAUUUUGGGAGUUAAAGGACAUUGUACCAUUUGGCAACAACUUACUCUUCCGCUGGUUGCAGAUCUAG